AUGGAAGAAAUAAAAGCUUGUAUUUAAAGUCCUUAGGGAUUUUAGCUAAAUAUAAAUAAAGUAUUGGAUAAAUUGAAAAAAGAGAGGUAAAGUUUUUACUAAAAUAUAAAGUGAACUUGCUCCUAAUUUUAUUCAAUAUGCUGAUGAAAUAUUUUAAAGUAAUGAAAGCCUAUUAAAAAAGUAUCUCAUUUUAAUGGUAUAGUUAAUUACUUAUAAAAUUAUAGAUUAUUAGAGAAGCAGUUUGCACAAAUCCAGUUGGAUCUGUUACAAAUAAAUUAGCUAGCAAUAAUUCAAUUUUGAAUUAUUUAUAAGAUAUUGUUAUGUUUCAACCAGGUUCUGAUGAUGAAUAUAAAGGAAUCUAUAAAUUUGAAAAUGAUAGUAAUUUAGAUUAAUUACUAAAUUGUUAGCUCCAUAGAUUGCUAUAAAAUAUUUCAAUUUGAUAUUAGAGCUAAUCAAAUUUUUGGCUGAAAAAUAUCCUGUUACUUCAACUAACAAAUCCACUAAGUUUAAAAUCUUGUAUGACAGAUUGGUUCAAUAAGAUAUAGUCUUUCCUAAACAAAAUAGAGAAUUAACAGCAGAUAUUAGUGAAAUAGAGGAAGCUGUUGAAUAGAAUUAACCUGUAAAAAGACAAUAAAUACAAUAAAUGGAAUCUAAUAGAGAAACUGGAAUACAAUAAGUGGAAGAAUUACAAAUUGAAAUGAAUGAAUAAAUUGACACAAUUUGGGAUAUGCUUAAUGAUUAAAAUUGCAAUCCAGAGGGUGCAAAAGACAGUACCUAAAAAUUAUGAUUUUAGUGUUAUAGUUUUAUUGUGAUACUUUUAAAGAGAGCGAUGCUAAAUUACAAUAAUUGGAAUAUGAAUUAUCUGAUAAAUUGAGUCAAUAAUAAAAGGAUUAGAUUGAAUUGUUAUGUAAUUUCAUAAAGAUUUUCAAUUUAAAGUUUAAUCAUUUUGAAAGAAAUAAAACUAAGAAUGGAUUUUUGGAAUUUCAACAUGCAGUUUUAACAGAAGCUAGUAAAAUUACUAAAAAGAAUUAUACUCCAUCUGAUGCUUAUUAAAAAUCUAAAAUUUAACCUCUAUCUCCAAUAAGAUAAAUUGGUUAAGAUGAAACAUAAGAUGUAUCAAGAUUAAAUGAAUUAACAAAUACUUAAAUUGAAAAGAAGGAGAAAAUUAUUUCUUAAAUUAAUUACUAAAGAGAUUUAGAAUAAUAAUAAUAAUAAUAAUAAUAAUAAUAAUAAUAAUAAUAAUAAUAAUAAUAAUAAUAAUAAUAAUAAUAAUAAUAAUAAUAAUAAUAAUAAUAAUAAUAAUAAUAAUAAUAAUAAUAAUAAUAAUAAUAAUAAUAAUAAUAAUAAUAAUAAUAAUAAUAAUAAUAAUAAUAAUAAUAAUAAUAAUAAUAAUAAUAAUAAUAAUAAUAAUAAUAAUAAUAAUAAUAAUAAUAAUAAUAAUAAUAAUAAUAAUAAUAAUAAUAAUAAUAAUAAUAAUAAUAAUAAUAAUAAUAAUAAUAAUAAUAAUAAUAAUAAUAAUAAUAAUAAUAAUAAUAAUAAUAAUAAUAAUAAUAAUAAUAAUAAUAAUAAUAAUAAUAAUAAUAAUAAUAAUAAUAAUAAUAAUAAUAAUAAUAAUAAUAAUAAUAAUAAUAAUAAUAAUAAUAAUAAUAAUAAUAAUAAUAAUAAUAAUAAUAAUAAUAAUAAUAAUAAUAAUAAUAAUAAUAAUAAUAAUAAUAAUAAUAAUAAUAAUAAUAAUAAUAAUAAUAAUAAUAAUAAUAAUAAUAAUAAUAAUAAUAAUAAUAAUAAUAAUAAUAAUAAUAAUAAUAAUAAUAAUAAUAAUAAUAAUAAUAAUAAUAAUAAUAAUAAUAAUAAUAAUAGAUUGAUUAAUCAAGAUCUUAAAAUAAAAUUAAAUAAGUUGAAAAAUAAAAAGUAAUUUAGUAAUAGUAAAAUAAUUAAUAUGAUGAAUAUGAUCCAUUCGAUAUGUAAAAUUAACUUUUAUAAUAACAAAUUUAAUAUGAUUAAUAGUUCUAAUAAAAGUAAUAUUAAAAUUAAUAAGAUUAACAUCAAUAAAAAUCUUUUAAACCAGCUCAAUAAAGUAAUACACUUUUACUUGAAACUGAAUAUUCAUAAUUUGAGUAAACAAUACCAUAAUAGAAUAAAAAUUAAUUUUCAUAAGAUUAUUAUUAAUAACCCUAAAGAUAAGAAAAUAAAAAUUUAUCUUUGUAAUAGUAUGAAGAUUAGUAUACAUAAAAACCUUAAGGAAUGAAAUUAACUUUUGGUAGUAGUGUAGAUUAAGAAUAAGAUAAAAAGAAUGUUGGGUCAAGUUAAGAUUAAUUUAAAGAAAUCAGAAAUUCAUAAUAAUAAUAAUAAUAUGAUGUUUUUCAAUAGUAAAUUAGUGCACCUUAUUCAGGUCAUUAAUAAAAUAAUCAAUUUCUAGAUAUAUAAUAAAAAUUAAGUAAAUGUGGAUAUACUUAAAAAAUGAUUGAUGUUUGGAAGAAGACAUGUUUAUUAGGGAAGGGGAAUUUAUUUGAGAAUGAAUUAAUUAGAGUUUAUUGUACAUUUGGAUUAUAAUUUUAAGUGUUGAAUAAUAAAAAUUAUUUAAAAAUAUCAUUGUAUAUUUUUAAUAAGGUUGAUCAAAGUUUGUCAAUUAAUAUUAAAUUUUAAGGAGAUAAAUGUAAUUAUGAAUUUAUUACAUACAGCAACGAAGUUUUGGAUAAAAUAAGACAAUAAAAAGAUUUUGGAACAAGAAUUACAAUAUUUAAUAGUGGUUGAUGAAUGCAAGGAACUUAUUAAUUGUAAGAUAGAGAUUGAUAAUUAAAUAUUAAAUGUGUUGUUACCAACAAGUCAAUAUAACUUUAUAGAUUUCCUUGAUUUGAGAGCAGAAAUAUUUUAAGUAAAGAUUAAGGAUGUUCGAUUAUAUUAAAGUCAUCCAUUUAGAUUAUAGAUUGGUUGGGACACAUUUAAGAAAAUUAGAUUUACUGAAGUGAAUAAUUACUAUGGUAUAGGAUUAAUAAUAAUUUAAUUAGGAGCUACUUAUGGAUAUAAUAACUAUAUUAGAAUAAUGAUGAUUGAGAAAAAUAUAUGGAUCAUAGAGGCUACUGAUUAAAAUCUCAUUCCAUAAUUAUUAUUUUUGUUUUCUUGA